AUGUUCGGGAGACCAAGAUGCAGGGAAUGGACGCCUUUAGCGACGCAACAGUUGCGUUUGAGGAGUUUAAUACAGAUUGUCGGCUACAACAUACGACCUCCAGAGGGCUGUCGAUCGCAGUGUAGUUUCUACCUUACGCUGCAUCACACCACAAUGUCAGCACCUUUCUACACAAGUGAGAGAAUAUCGUCUCCACAUCCAAAAUGGAAAGAGAUUGACUCAGAAAUGAUCCACCGAAUGUCGUCAACGAACAUCGUAAUAAGAAUUUGGUGUCACAUCCUCCAAUCCACCGAUGAAGUCUUACCCCAAGACACAGUUAUAGAAACAUGGGGGGUUUAUUUCACCGGUUUACGUUACAUAGGGGCCAACUUAGCUUUAAAUUUCACCUCAGACUGUUUUAAAAGCAAUACUCUAGUGUUCCAAAUGCACGGUGGUUACUUUUGCUCGUACAAAAGUCUCAAACUAGACAUAAUACCACCGGAAAACGAGUUGGAACACGGUUCGUUGUCUUCGGACUCUUCGGGUAAGACUAAUUUAUCCCGGGUGACUUUGGAGCCGAAGCAUAUCCAGAGGUUCAAAGAAGGUAGGUCUGUCUCACCGAGCACGUAUUCUAGAAAAGUCGAGAAGGAAUAUUCAAAAAGCAACAGCCCAGUAGACAGAGGAUUCAAGCAGAAUUUCCCGACUUUGAAAAACUCGGCUAGUCUAAACAUUGGCCAGCAAAGAGAUAGCAGGAGAGAAAACAGCAACGAGAGAAAGACCGUUGUCGAUCCAAACUACAUUUACGAGCACUCUCCUGACAGUUUGGACGUUACGCAAGAAGUUAAUGGUAUUUUGUCCAAAAACGCUUCGCAAGACGAUCUCAUCGGUAGCAAAAUAGAUCUAAGCGAGACGGCGGAGAACUACGACUUAAGGAAUCAGACAGACGGUGUACCCAAAUUCAGAUAUUUGGCUCUGAGUUUCCUGAAAUCGGAGAUACGGCCGAGCUACAACGCUAGCAAGUUGCAGAAGUUGCAUUUGCUCCAGUAUUCUAUAAAGAAGAAGCAGGAAGCUGUCCAGGAGAUAAAGGAAAGGAUUUACCAGAAAUCCGCUUUGACUAACGACAGUUGGCCGCAACCUGAAGAUUUGGACGUUCGGUUAAGACUGCGGAGUAGAUCGCAAAGGAAUUUGUUCUCUCCAGAAGAUUUGGAUGAGCAGACGUCGUCACAGACUGACUUGAAUGUGAAGAAUGGUAGGCUAAAAGAUGAUAAGCCAUAUGUGUCUAAUGGUCCAAGAUUAACUUUAAAGUUGAAUGAUCUCCUGUCUUUUAAGUCGAAACCAUCACCUUUCCAAAGGGCUGAGCACGUGAGACUGACGAAGCAACUAGAAAUAUUGCGGUUCAAACGCAUCAUACUCUCGGACGAGAGGGACAGCAAGCUAGCCAAUAUAAGAAGACUGAAAGAGAGGCGUGCCAAAUUGUUUGAAGAGAACCAGGAUAUUGGUUCAGAACUAAUGGAGAACUACCACAGUCUUUCUCGUCGCAGCGAAUGCAUCAAAGAGAAGCGUCAAGCUUGCGCGGCGUUAAGAGAGUUAGCAGCCAGAACUCACGCCGGGUUAGCUAACUUGAGAUGCGAGUUGUUAGCCAAUCUACAUGAAAUAUUUUACAUACAGCAUAAACACACGUGGUGUAUUAUCGAUGUACCUCUGCCGAUAUGCGAGGAUGAUUGCCCGCGUACCAGCAACCCCGUGGACGACGCCGUAGCGGCCGGAUACGCGGCGCAGGCGACUUGCGUGGCGGCCGCCCUUAUAAGCCAGCCGUUAAGGUACAAAGUCACAUUACUGGGCUCCGCUACCAAGAUAAUGGACGUGACGCCCGAUUUGCCCGACCCUAGCAUACCUCUAUUCGCGAGGGGAGGCGACGUAACAUUGUUCUUGUACGGAAUGUUUCUACUGAACAAAUGUAUCGCUCAACUGCUGAGGGGCAGAGGAUUGCCAAUAGCAGAUAUGCGAACGACGUUAGCCAAUAUACAGAGGCUGCUGUUAACACCGAAUAAUCUGAGUGACACAUCAAAGUUAUUCGGUACUCACCGUUGGAAUGCGGACACUUGUCCCCGCACCCAAUCGCUACGAAGCCUAGUGGUCACCGACCGGGUGAACUACAGGCAGUUCAACAGAUUCAAGGAUUCAGUGGACGGGCAGUCUCCACAAUCGGCUUUGAACCUCAGACGGCAUCGGCAUUCGAGAAGCGUAGGCAGCUACCAUCCAGAUGAUCAGGAACUGUCAGCAUUAGACGUAUCUACGACAUCGAUCAUGGGAAGCGAACCGUACAUUUACAACGUAAAGUUGCCACAAACUAGUGAAGCAGAAAUACCAGCUAACAUUUCAAUGCAACAACACAAUUCCGAUUUGGAAAUAAAUAGACUUGCCGACGAUUUAGAAGAGGAGAAAAGCAAAGUCGUCUUCACAUUGGGCGAUGAUGCGGAACCAAACGACUUGGAAGCGGAAAAACUAGUAGGACUAGUAACGGAAGCGCAGAAACUUGUGAAAUUGUCUAGCAACAACGGCGAUGAACUAGAAGCGGAGUGUCACAUAGGAGAUAAUGUGAAGAGAAUUUGUUCUGAAAUCGAGAAUUUUUGCUCGCUUUGUGAAAAUAAAGAUGUGCAAGAUGCCUGUGAUGUUGUCAAACAUAUGGACACUAUAAAUCGGGACUUAGUAAUGUGUGAAGAGUUAAAUGGUGCACUAGUUUCUUGUGAUUCUUGUGAAAAUAACGAAGUUCGAAGUGUAAAUUGUGCCAAUGUAGUAACUGACGUUAUUGUGAUACCGAGUGCAGAGGCUAGUGUCGAUAUUGGACAAGAAUUGGUCGAGGGAGAUGGUCCGAAACUAUAA